AUGGGUCAAACUAGCGCGUGGGGUGGGGCGUGCACCGUUGACGUCAAUUUGGCGCGGUGGACGGUUUUUUUUACGUUGGCCUUGGACUUCCGCAAAAUGAAUAACUUUUCCUUGCAUUCGGGAUACAAUACACCGCUUCUACGAUAUUGGCAAUCUGCAUCUUGUACCGUUACUGGAGAUAAUCUUAUCUAUCCCAUAUUUAUUAGUUCCAAUGACAACGCAGUGGAUGAUAUACCUGGAUUACCCAAUCAGAAGUACUUGGGGCUAAAUCACCUAGUGGGACAGUUGGGGCCACUAGUCGAAAGGGGGCUCAAGUGUGUGCUCCUUUUUGGUGUAGUCGAUGGCUCGGUGAAGGAUGAAAGAGGUUCAGCGGCAGAUUAUGGCAAAAGCCCAGUGAUUGGUGCACUAAAGUUGCUGAGGGCCCAGCUACCCUCGCUCAUCCUCGCAUGUGAUGUGUGUUUGUGCGCCUACACCCAAACGCACCGCUGUUACAUUUCCAAUGCAUGUGGCGAAAUGGACAUCGAACAAACCAUAAGCAGGCUAUCCGAAAUAUCACUUAACUAUGCAAAAGCAGGAGCACACAUAAUUGCGCCUUCAGAUAUGUCAGAGGGUAGAAUAUUGGCAAUAAAGCAAAUACUCCAUAAGAAUGGUUUUUCGCGUCAAGUUUCGGUUAUGUCUUACGCUGCCAAAUUCGCCUCCACUUUUUAUGGGCCUUUCAGAACUGCAAUAGGUUCAGGCGAUGGGACCACCGACCGGAAGUCCUAUCAACUACCACCUGGUGCUGCGGGUCUUGCUGUUCGAACGGCGAUUCGCGAUGCCAAUGAAGGUGCCGAUAUCAUAAUGGUUAAACCGGGCAUAACUUACCUAGAUGUGAUCGCAAACCUUCGACGCGAGUUACCAUUUCAUCCAAUCGCUGCUUAUCACGUUUCUGGCGAGUAUGCUAUGUUGAUGGCUGCUGCAAAUGCUGGCUGGAUUGACUUAAAGUCAGCCGCACUCGAAAUUAUUCUUUCUCUCCGCCGAGCAGGGGCGUCCGUUAUUAUUACAUAUUUAACACCGUAUCUGCUGGACUUGGAUCUCAAGGAUGCAUUCUGCUAA